AUGUGCAACUUACCGGCCUUUGCUGGUGCACAGCCAGAAUCCAAGGAGACAGCAUAUGUCGACAUCGACAUUGAAGAUCUCAAGCAAUCCGGCAUCCCGGCAGGCUCAGUUCUGAACGCUGCAUGGUGCUUGGUACUGUAUUUGUACACCGGCCAGGAUCAUAUCUCAUUUGCCUCAACGGACGAAGAUGGCAAAACUGCUAGCAAGACAUACAUCGUUGACCAUCACCAUACUCUCCGCGAUGUGGUCAAUCAACUGGCCAUCGCUCCAACUCGUAACGGAGUGAACGGCACUCAUACCAAUGGGAUCGUUACCAAUGGCUCACAGGACGCUUCUUACAACACGGUGAUUAGAUUUACAUCUCAGUCCUCUCAUGUCAACGGAUUUGCAAGGGCAAAUGGAGUCACGACCUCUCAUUUUACACUGCCACAUGAAUAUCAGCUAGCGGUGGAAGGAUCCUACGACGAAGCUAUGGGUCCUGAGUGCCGCUUGUUGUUCCGUCUGUCUUUCAUGUCCCCAAAUGAGGCUCAAAAUGUGGCAUCCACGUUGAGUCAUCUCAUACGCGAGCUGGUCCACUCGGGCAACAAACUCAUCCGCAACCUACAACUUAGCCAGAGAGAUCAAUACCAGAUACGUCAGUGGAACGGCGUGGCACUCUCGUAUUCGGAGCGCCUUCUCCAUGAGGCCAUCACUCAAGUUGCCAGAGAGAGACCAGAUGCUGCAGCGGUAGACGCAUGGGACGGACGCUUGACUUUCAAGGCUUUGGAGGAUACGUCGAACCUGCUUGGGAAGCAGUUGAUUCGGCAUGGAGUAGUUCCUGGAUCUUUGGUGCUUUUGAGUUUCGAUAAGUCAUUGUGGGCUGUUGUUUCGUGGUUGGCAGUUCUCAAAGCUGGAGCAGCAUGCGUCUUUCUGGACCAGAGAGCUCCUGCUAAUCGUGUACAACAAAUCAUCAGAGCAACAGGCGCGACUCAUGCACUUGCGGGUGCAUCUACAGCAACAACUCUCAGUGAACUCGGCCUAGCAGUCAUACAAGUCCCUAACCACGCCGCCACUUCUAAUGGCUUCCACGAUGACAGACACAUCUGGCCGCGAGUGCAUCCGGAGGACACUGCUUUCGUCAUUUUCACGUCGGGAAGUACUGGUACCCCGAAAGGAAUUGUGCUCUCUCACUCGAUCAUCUACACGACCGCUUUGGACAUCAUCAAGAAUCUGGAGGUCACAGGCGACUCGAGAAUUCUGCAAUUCUGUUCCUACACUUUCGACAUGAGUAUCGCCGACAUGGCCACUGGACUCCUUGCAGGAGCUUGUAUCUGCGUACCUUCCGAAUCUGAUCGGCUCGAUCGCUUGCAGGCUUAUCUCCAAGAUGUGCGCACAACAUGGGGAAUCCUGACGCCAACUGUCGCACGCUUGCUGGAUCCGAAGACAAUUCCUGCCAUGAAGACAUUAAUAUUGGGUGGCGAAUUGGUGAGGGACUCAGAUAUCCAGCCGUGGGUUGAUGCAGGAGUCCGCGUCUACAAUGGCUACGGCCCAGCAGAAGCGACAUUCUUGGCAACUACAACUCGGGGACCCAUCACAGGGCGAGCCAGUUCUAUCGGUCACGGCCUGAACAUGAGAACUUGGAUUGUUGAUCCUGGCAGAGAUCAGCUUUCACCCAUCGGCGCCGUUGGCGAACUUAUUGUCGAGGGCCCAGUCCUAGCCAUCGGGUAUCUGAAUGAUCCUCGGAAGACAGCCGAAAGCUUCAUCUCCAACCCGAACUGGGCACAACUUGACAUACCCGAUGCGACAGCUCACAGGAGAUUCUACAAGACUGGUGACUUGGCACGCUACUCCACUGACGGAUCCUUGGAGUGCCUCGGACGCGCAGACACUCAGAUCAAGCUCGGAGGUCAACGUGUGGAGCUCUCGGAUAUUGAGCAUCACUUGCGCAGGUAUACUUCAAUAACGGAAUCCGCCGUAUUCUUCCCCAGGGACGGACCUUUAGCUGGACGUCUCACAGCAGUUGUGGUCGGAGAGAGCUCGCCUGGUGUUACCAACGGACAUGGCAGUUACUUCCGCCCUUGUGAGGUUGACUUCGUAUCCAAGGCAAAGCCGCUGCUGCUGCAAGCUGUCGCUCCUUACAUGGUACCCUCUGUGUGGCUUCAGACUUCUUCAUUACCAUACACUUCUACUGGCAAGCUGGAUCGGCCUUCUCUGUUAGACAAGUUGGAAGCCGUUGCGCAGCAAAGCUCGCACCAUCUCCUCGGCGAAAAGACAACUACAAAUACUGCCGAUAUCACGCCGGCCGAGGCAAUGUUGCAGCGAGCUUGCAGUGAUGUUCUCAACAUCCCUCUUCACAAGGUGAAUCUUGACAGAUCCUUCUUCGCCCUUGGCGGAGAUUCUAUCACCAGCAUGCAGGUUAUAUCCACACUCAGACUUGCCAACAAGUCGUUACGGGUGAAGGAUCUCCUGACGUCUUCAUCCUUGAGGGAGACAGCGUCAAAGAUCGGAGAACUUAGAACCCAUCAGCCCCUUCCGGUGAUUGAUGCGGGUCAACGGUUUCCAUUAUCCCCCAUUCAACAACUCUUCUUCAAGAUCUCGACGUCUCGCAACACACGAGAUCAUUUCCAUCAAAGUGUUUUUGUCAGGAUUGAGCAACCAAGAGAGGCCCAGGUCGUUGAGAAGGCUAUUGCCAGCCUCGUAGCGAGACAUCCAAUGCUGAGAGCCCGAUUCGAACAAGCGCCGACAGGGGAGUGGGUUCAACACAUCACCGAGAACACCGAUCAGUCCUAUCAGUUUGUGUAUCACCCAACCACAACCUCCGAUUUUCGGGCUAAACUGAUGCUUACUUCUCGUGCAUCAUUGUCAGCGGAGAAGGGACCCUUGGUCCGCGUCAACAUGUUUGAGGACAGUGGUGCCCAAUAUCUCUUCCUUGUAAUUCAUCAUCUGGUUGUGGACCUUGUGUCUUGGAGAGUCAUCCUUGAAGAGCUCGAAUCGGCUCUCACAGAAGCCCAACCGACGUUCAGCAACUCCUUCCCGUUUCUCGCUUGGGCUAACCAGCAGAGAGAGUAUGCCAACACAUUGACGAUCAGUCGCGUGUUGCCAGAGCUUGUGCCUGCCUCUGACUUCUCGUUCUGGGGCAUAGAGAGACAACAAAACAUCUACGCCGACGUGCGUGAAAAGCGCUUCUCCAUCAGCCCGGAUAUCACCAAUGAUGUUUUGGUCAACUGCCACCAUGCUCUGCAGACAGAGCCAGUGGACAUCCUCAUCGCCGCUCUGUUGCAAUCGUUCGGCAAAGCCUUUCGUGAAAGGCGCCCUCCAGCAGUGUUCACAGAGGCUCACGGAAGAGAGGCCUGGGAUGACCAGAUGGACCUCUCGCGGACGAUCGGCUGGUUCACCACGGUGUACCCCAUUCAUGCAAGCGACUUCGGGGACACCAUAGACCUAGUUAUGAAAGUCAAGGAUGCCAGGAAGCGAACCCCCAACAACGGCUUCGACUACUUUAGCGCCUCUUUCCUUACAACUGAAGGCCAUGAUGCCUUCCAGAACCACCUCCCAGCGGAAGUUCUCUUUAAUUACGAGGGGCGAUAUCAGCUUCUGGAGAAGGAAGGCUCUUUACUCCGACAAGAAUCCUGGACAGCUGGCGAAGCAUUGGAAGACAUCAGCCCAGAGCUUCAGCGCUUUUCCCUAUUUGAGAUCGCCGCUAGCGUUCUGGAAGACCGCCUCCAGUUUACCUUCGCAUGGAAUUCCAGGCUGAAACAUCAAAGCAAGAUUGAGACGUGGCUAGCUAGCAUACCCGCAGCCGUCGAAGAGAUCGUCAGCACGUUGAGAUCUUCCCCGAGGCAGUUCACUUUGAGUGAUCUAGACCAAUUCGACCUUGGGUAUUCCGAGCUGGACACUCUGAAGCGCACGAUCAAGCAGAUUCCGGGUGUAAGUACUUUGGAAGAUGUUGAAGAUGUAUAUCCUUGCUCGCCAAUGCAAGAGUCACUGGCCUUGAGUCAAUCUCGAGCUGAAGGGGUGUAUGAAGUUGACAUCAUAUGGGAAGUAACCUCUUCUACUGGAGCUAAGCUUGAUCUGAGUCGUCUCCAACAAGCGUGGAGCAGCCUUGUAUCCCGUCAUGCAGCUCUCAGGACGGUCUUCAUAGAGACGCCAGCUACGGUUGGCAUGCUCGAUCAAGUUGUCCUCAGGAAGUAUGCUCCUCAAUGCAAGCUUCUUCGGGCAAAGAACGCCGAUGAAGCCCUCAAGAUGCUGGCUGAUUACCCAGAGAAGCCAAGAGGAUUGAGUCGAACAGAACCUCUUCACAGGCUACUGAUAUGCUCUGCCGACGACGGGCGCUCAUUCGUGAGAUUUGAGAUCAAUCAUAUCGUCUUUGACGGCAUGUCUAUUGCUCCUUUACUGCGUGACCUGUCACGAGCUUAUGACGGAAGCCUCGCCGCGAACUGGAGUUCACCAUAUGCUAGCUUCAUUCGCUACAUCCGAGAUCCAAAGCUGAGGGAGGAGAGCAUCGCAUACUGGAAGCAGUAUUUGACUGGGGCCGAAGCUUGCGUAUUCCCGCCUCUUCUUGACGUCACGAAUGGCGAAAGCGAGCAAAAGGCUGUACAUGUUCCGCUCGGAAUCUCGCACAAGCAGCUGCAAGACAGGAUCGCGGAGCUUGAGGUCACUUUCCCGGUUCUCAUUCAACUGGUGUGGCUGCUCGUGCUUCGUGUUUACACCAACAGCAGCCAAGCCGUCACUGGCUACCUCGCUUCGGGACGAGACGCCCCUAUCGCCGACAUCGAGGGAGCUAUCGGCCCCUUUAUCUCUAUGCUUCUUUGCUAUAUUGACUUCACGGACCCCCAAUCCUUUCUCGCCCUCCUAAGGAAGCUGCAACAAGACUCCAUCAACGGCGCAGCGCAUCAAGCCAGCUCGUUGGCUGAGAUCCAGAACGCCGUCGGUAUCACUGGCGGCGCGUUGUUCAACGCGGGUAUAUCAUUCAUGCCCCUGCUGGACAAGAGGGCCCAACAAGGGUCAAGUCUGGUCUUCGAAGAGAAGUCGAUUAAGGAUCCAACAGAGUUUGAACUUGCUCUCAUUGUAGAGACUGGAGAAGACGCAACUCAGAUCUCCAUCCACUAUCGCACGUCCCUUGUCAGCGAAGGUCACGCGAACAACAUCGCCUCAACCGUCAACCAUAUUCUCACGGAGAUAUUGAGAGAUCCUUCAAGGACCCCAGAUGAGAUUCCUGCGCUCAGUUCUCACGACCUCCAACAACUGUGGAAGUGGAACGAGACAUGCAUAGCUCCGGUCGAGGAAUGCGUUCAUCACUUCGUGGAGAGAACAAUGCGGGAUCACCCUGAGAAAGAGGCCAUCUUCAGCUGGGAUGGAUCACUGUCAUACCGUGAACUGGAUGAUCUUUCCAGGAAUCUCGCUCACCAUCUCAAGAGCCUUGGUAUUGGCCCCGAGAAAAUCGUGCCUCUUUGCUUCGAGAAAUCGAAGUGGGCCGUCGUCGCCAUGCUGGCGGUUUUACGUGCAGGCGCAUGUUUUGUGAUGCUCGACCCAACACAUCCGGAUGCUCGUGUUCUUUCAAUUGCUGAGGAAGUCGAGACCGAGGUUUUACUUUGUUCACCUCUUACUGAACCCAAGUUUGAGGCAAUCAAAGAGAAGGCCCUUGUCAUCGAGUCAAAUCUUGCAUAUGGGUUACCAUCCACAGACCCGGGUCUGCCGGUCUGCCCAGAGGUCACUCCAGACAACGCUAUGUACGUGGUAUUCACAUCCGGAACCACAGGCGCGCCAAAAGGAUCCAUCACAUCCCACAGAGCCUAUUGCACUGGCUUCCGAGAUCACGCGUGGGCGAUCGAAGUCGGCCCAGAGUCUAGGACCUUGCAGUUCUCCGCAUACAGUUUCGAUGCCAGUGUCGGCGACAUUUUGACGACGCUCCUCGUCGGAGGAUGUAUCUGCAUUCCUUCGGAAGAGGACAGAAGCAUGGAAAUCUCGAACUUCAUCGCCAAGAGCCGAGCGACAUGGGCUGGCUGGACACCAUCUUUUGCCUCCCUUGUUGAUCCCGACACUGUACCGACGCUGACUGUGCUUCUUAUGGCCGGCGAACCGCUACCUGCAUCUCAGGUUGACGCCUGGGUUGAUCGAUUGAAACUGCUCAACAUCUAUGGCCCCAGCGAGUGCAGUGUUGCUUGCGUCGUCAACAAGGACGUCACUCGUGAGACGAAUGCUUCCAACAUCGGCCGUGGCUAUCGGUGUGUCACCUGGGUUGUUGAUGAGAAUGACCAUGAACGACUGCGGCCCAUCGGAUCUGCCGGAGAGCUACUGAUCGAAGGGCCAAUCCUCGCUCGUGGGUAUCUUAAGAGACCAGAAAAGACAGCGGAGGUAUUUAUCGAUGCUCCUUCAUGGCUUAAGAAUGGCCCCCAUCCUAGGACCAACCGUCUUUACAAGACUGGAGAUCUUGUCAGAUACAACUCAGACGGAACCAUUAACUUCAUCGGCCGAAAAGACACACAAUUGAAGAUCAAUGGUCAACGUGUCGAGAUUGGUGAGAUCGAACACUCUCUCCGGAGCAGCAUACCGCCAACUGCCGGCCCUGUCGUUGUCGAUCUACUCAAGCGGUCUGGAGCUGGCGAGCAGGACCUUUUGGCCGCCUUUAUUCACGUCGGUAAUGAUGAUACGACGCCAGAGGACCCGGACGAUAUCAUUGCGACCGAACCUUCAGCUCUCGAGAAGUUUCAAGAUCUCGUCAAACAGAUUUAUGAGACAGCGUCGUCCCUUCCACGGUAUAUGAGUCCGCAUGUCUUCAUCCCUCUGAGGGUCCUGCCCAUCACUACUGCCGGCAAACUUGACAGACGUGCUCUUCAACGAGUAACAAGUCAGCUCUCCAGAGAUGAGCUUGUCUCUUUCACGUCUAGUGCCAAGGAGACAGGAAGAACGCCUGAAGAAUGUCAACUUGCGGAGAUGUGGAAGAAGGUUCUUCGUGUGAGUUCCGUUGGAAUUUACGAUAACUUCUUCAGGCUUGGAGGCGACUCGGUCGCAGCUAUGGCUCUGCGGUCUGAAGCGCGACGCAGUGGUCUCGGCAUUUCCGUUGCCGACAUCUUUUCAAAUCCCGUACUGGCAGACAUGGCCAACGUGAUGGACAGAGUUGCUGUAACUGACGGAGAAGUCACAAUCGAACCUUUUGCUCUACUCGGAGAAUACGAGUCGGUGCCUCGCCUGGUUGACGAGAUAUCUCAAGAGUGCGGCGUUUCCCCGGAGGCCGUCGAGGACGUUGUGCCCUGCGUCCCCAUACAAGAAGCUCUUAUGGCGUUAUCUGCCCGCCAGUCAUCAGCACAAACAUAUGUGCUGCACGCCCCAUACAAGCUCCCGACCGAUAUUGACGAGGAGCGCUUCCAGAGAGCUUGGGAGAUGACAACCAAAGACCAUUCUGUGCUGCGAAGUCGCAUUGUGUUGAAACCACAGGGAGCCCUACUUGUCAUCACGAAAGACAGCAUUCCUGUCACCAAGCACGUCGGUCUCCUGAACGAUUACAUGACCCAGCAAAGGCACCAGGCUUUCGGCUACGGCACGCCACUUUUACGACUGGGCCUCGUCGAGGAGGGCAAUGAUCGAUACUUCGUCUUCAAUGCUCAUCAUGCCAUAUACGACGGAUGGUCCACGAAGUUGAUCUGGGAUACGGUUCUACAGCAUUACCGCGGCGAGCCUAGAGAUCCGGCACCCCAGUUCCAGGCACUAGUUGCAAAGCUGCGGGCCACACCAAAAGAGCCAUCUGAAGAAUACUGGAGAGAGGCGAUCGUCGAAAGGCAAGGUGUAUCUUUCCCACUGAUCCCCGUGUCGCAUAAACCUGUCGCCCGCGCUGGUACCAGCUUCAGGUUCCCUCUACCCGCUGCGUCAACCUCGGAUCGCAAUGUUACUCCGGCAACUUUGAUCAACGCCGCAUGGGCUCUUGUCAACGCGCAGUACUCGGCAGACUCAACAGCAACUUACGGCUGCACCCUAUCCGGAAGGGACUUCCCUCUUCCAAGUAUCGAGCAACUAGUCGGACCAACCAUUGUGACCGUGCCAAGGCAAUUCGCAGUGCGAGGAGACGAGUCUCUCGCUGAUUUCCUAGAUCGCGUACAACGGGUCGCUAUCGAGAGCAUCUCGCAUCAACAUCUGGGUCUUUCCGACAUCCAAGCUGUAAGCUCAGCCGCACAAGAGGCCUACGACUUCGCCUCCCUGAUGGUUGUACAUCCAGACGCCGCUCUUCGACUGCCUUUCGAGGAUAUUAAUAUCACUCCUGUUCCGUUGGAUAUGACAGAGUCUUACACAUAUCCCCUCGCAGUCGAGUUCAUGCCAAGCGAGAAGGAGCUGUCAAUCGACGUCAGAUUUGACCCUGAUUGCAUCGAUUUGGACAUGGUGAAUAUUGUCAUGCAUCAUUUCAACCACAUUCUUCAAGGCAUCUGCAACGCCAGUGCUUCGGCUGUCGUGGGUGAUGUCAUGACCAUCUCACGAGAAGACGCUUCUCUCAUAGAAACGUGGAACAGCAACAACAUCAAUCCAGUCGAGGCAUGUGUGCAUCAUCUCAUCGAGAAGCAGGUCCAGGCACAACCAGAUAGCCCGGCUGUUGUCUCUCAUGAUGCAUCCCUUUCGUACGCUGAGUUGGAUCUAUGGGCAAAUCAGAUAGCCGGGCAGAUCAUCUCGACAAACCUUGUGAAGACCGGCGAAUUCGUUGGGCUUUGUUUAGACAAGUCAGCAAGAGCAGUCCCUGCCAUGAUAGCCGUCCUCAAAGCCGGUGGCGCAUUCUUGCCGCUCAACCCGGACCAUCCCCCAGCCCGCCUCCAAGCCCUCCUCGAUGAGGCCAAUGUCAAGCUUGUACUCGCGUCUCCAGACAGGAUUUCAUCUCUAUCGGGCAGCCUGAAAUGCAAAGUCUUGCCCUUUGGCGAUUUCCAACCAGCUCGGACAGCUCAGCCACCAUCAAAUGUUCCAGUCACUCCUGCAGAAGCAGCGUAUCUUCUUUUCACAUCCGGUAGCACAGGCAAACCAAAAGGUGUUGUCAUUGAUCACCUUGCCUGGGCUUCCGCAAUCGCUGCUCAAUCCACAACCUUCGGCUUCGGGCCUCACAUCCGAAUGCUGCAGUUCAGUAGCUACACGUUCGACGCCAUGAUCUUCGAGAUCUUCAUCACGCUUACCUCAGGUGGAUGUGUCUGCGCGCCUUCCGAGUCGGAGAGAAUGAAUGACCUCAGCGGAUAUAUCACCAGGGAGCGGGUCAAUGCUCUCAUCUCUACACCUUCUGUCACCAGACUCCUUGUGCCAGCCAAGGUCCCCACCCUCAAGCUCGUCAUGGUUGGAGGUGAGCCACUGGCACCCUCUGAUAUCGAAGCUUGGUUAAGCCAGCCUGGGGUAUCCUUUGUCAACGCGUAUGGUCCGACAGAAGCCUGUGUCAUGGCCACUGGUCGUAAAGUCACGCCCACAGACAGCAGCUCCAACAUCGGAAUUCCUGUCGGUACAGCCACAUGGGUGAUCAGCCCUUUCACGCAGACUUUGGCCCCCAUCGGAGCCGUCGGAGAGCUUUGCAUUGAGGGUCCAACCCUUGCCAGAGGUUAUUUGGGAGAUCCGGAGAGAACGAAUGCUUCUUUCGAGACAGAUCCACGAUGUUUGCCAGCAGGGGCUAGACGGCGCAUCUACCAUACUGGAGAUCUGGUUCGGUACAAUGCAGACGGUACAAUAACCUUUGUUGGGAGACGCGACGGCCAAGUCAAGCUACGCGGCCAGCGCAUUGAAGUCGGUGAGAUUGAAGAAAACAUCAGAAAGAUCAUGUCAAAGAACCCGAAUUUCAAGCACAUUGGCGUUGAGCUCUCUGAUUCACCCAAUAACCGCAACCAGCCAUUCUUGGCAGCACUCCUUGUCAUGAACAUCUCAUACGAGGACAGAGUAUCUGACAUUGGAUGUGCGUCGAUGAUGGAUCUUACAAGGCCAGAAUUGUUUCAAAUGGCUACCGAUUUACAACAACAACUUCGAAACCUCUUGCCUGAAUACAUGGUUCCUUCAGCUUAUAUUGCUGUCGAACGACUGCCGACAACUGCUUCCAGCAAGCGCGACCGUUUCUUCGUGAGGGCAUGUAUCACCGAACUCUCUGCCAAGGGUCUCCUAUUCCCCGUCGCCGCAGCCAAGGGCGAGCGAAAGGAGCUUUUCGGCAACGAAAAGCUUCUUCAAGAGUGGUGGGCUCAAGUCUUGAAGCUUGACGCUGAGAACAUCAGCGCAGGGGAUCAUUUCUUUGCGUUGGGUGGCAACUCCAUUACAGCGAUCAGGCUCGCCGGUCUUGCCCGAUCGUCAAAGCAUCGUCUCAUGUUUGAAGACAUUUUCUCUUCCCCAGUCUUGACUGAAAUGGCAUCUCGUAUUGCAGUUGGGAUUAAUCAGGAGAAGCCUAUGCCGAAGGCCUUCGAGCUCUUAUCAGCAUCACAGCUUGCUACGAUCCUUUCGAGCGUUCUUCCCCUCUAUGGGAUUAACAAGGAUGAAGUUGAGGACAUCUACCCCUGCACACCUCUUCAAGAGGGUCUCAUGGCAGUAACAGCACGAAACUCCGGUGCAUACAUUUCCGCAGACACCAUGGAAAUCUCAGACGCGGAAUUACCCCGUCUUCAAGAAGCAUGGAAAAUGACGUUCGAGAGGUUCGAGCUCCUCCGCACCAGAAUUGUUCUAAGUCAUGAGUUUGGCUCGCUUCAAGUCGUCGUUCGACAAGAUCCCAUCUGGCAUGAAGCCACAGAUAUUGAGAGCUUUGUCCACCAGGUCCAAGAAUUGCACGGAUAUGGCAAGCCGAUGGUUCAUCUCGCAGUCGUUCCUACCCACACGUCCGGAAUCGUCAAGGUGGUCUUUAGCGCGCACCACUCCGUUUAUGAUGGUUGGUCCCUAGGCUUGAUUCGACAGUUCCUCGAAAGCUAUUUCACCGGAGAUUCCGCCAAUUCAGACUCGGUUCGAACAGUCCCGUUCAGGCUUUUCAUGCGCCACUUGAUCGAUCAAGAUCCUGCAGAGGCAGAGUCAUACUGGAAGCAAAGAAUGUCUGGUCUUGAGGCACUUCCGUUCCCUCGCCCGCCUCACGAUCCUAAACAUCAGCCGCUGGCAACCGCCUUCCUUGAAGAAGCAGUUUCGCUCCCCAAAUCUCAAAGCUUGGGCUCUGCGGUUACCAUGGCCACAGCUGUGCGAGCUGCAUGGUCGCUUACCAUUUCACACUACGUCGCAAGCCCUGACACUGUGUUCGGUGCAAUUGUUACGGGAAGAGAGACUACCGACAUCUCGGACAUAGAGGCCAUCGCAGGACCCACGAUUGCAACUGUCCCAACACGCAUCAAGAUUGACUAUAGCUCGAGUAUUUCCAAUUUCCUUGCGGAUGUUCAAAGAGAUGCCGUGGCGGAGUCUCGUUUCUGUCAGCUAGGUCUCCAGGGCAUUGCCCGUGUCAGCAAGGAGUGCCACCAGAGUUGCGAGUUUGGCAGCAUCCUUGUCGUUCAACCCCCUUCGCUCAACAACGGAACCAACAAGGUGCCUACACUUAGACAAGGGCCGGUGGCAUCACCAAAGUUCUUCCCGCAGGCGCUCGUCCUUGACUGCCAGUUAUCGUCAGAUAACGAUCAUGUGUCAGUGACACUGAGUUACGACCCUGAAAUGGUGGGAGAUGCGCAUGCAUCGUUCGUUCUCUCAACCUUUUCCACUCUCCUACGCAACCUCAUUUCGGCUACUCCCAGUACCUUAGUUCAGGACUUGUCAGGACUAUCAGCGGCGCACGUGUCCAAAAUCGAUCUCAUCACUAGGAAGAAGACUCCGGCUGUCGUUGACUCCUGCAUUCAUGAUUUGAUCGAGCAACAAGCGAAGCAAUGCCCGAACAAUAUCGCAAUCGAUGCCUGGGACGGUUCUAUGACGUACACGGAACUCAUUACCGUCUCCUCUACUUUAGCUCAACAACUUCAAGAGCUUGGCAUCGGACCAGAGAAAGCAGUGCCGUUCUUGCUCGAGAAGUCCAAAUGGGCAAUGGUUUCAAUGAUGGCAAUCUGGAAGGCGGGUGGAUACUUCGUGCCACUUGACCCCAAGAGUCCAAACCAGAGACUGCAGCAUCUCGUCCAAGCAACCAGCGCCAGCAUUAUCUUGACAUCGUCCGAGUACUCCAGUCGAUGCCAAGAUUUGGGAUGCAAGCCUAUAUUGGUUAACGAAGAUACGGUUCCCUCUCUUGGCGAAGGCGUGACCGCUGUUCAAUCCACGGUUAAAACACACAAUCCGGCAUAUGUCCUCUUCACCUCGGGCACGACUGGAAUCCCCAAAGGUGUGCUUCUCGAACACAGGACACUCUCUUCGUCCAUAUCUGCGCUUGGAAAGUAUUUGGGCAUGAACGCGGAGACAAGAUUCCUGCAAUCUUGCGCAUACACCUUCGACGUCAUGUUGCUGGACGCCUUUGCCGCUCUCAUCCACGGCGGUUGCGUCUGUGUUCCAUCCGAACACCAGAAGAUGAACGAUUUGGCUGGCUUCGUUCAGGAUUUCCAAGUCAACACCACCUGGUUCACAACUUCAUUGUCCAGGAUCAUUGAUCCCGACUCAGUGCCUAGUCUUAAGACAGUGGUCAUGGGCGGUGAAGCAGUUUUGCAGAGCGACGUGGACCGGUGGGCCUCGAAGGUUCGACUCGUUGCCGGCUAUGGCCCAACAGAGACUUGUAUUGUUACACUCAUUGGGGAACUCACACCGACCACACCACCCAACACCGUCGGCUGGCCGGUUGCAUGCAGAGCUUGGGUUGUCAACCCACUUAAGUCCUCCGAAUUAGUUCCCAUUGGAGGUAUCGGAGAGCUUUGCAUCGAAGGUCCAUGCUUGGCCCGUGGAUAUCUCGGAAAUGAAGUUGCGACCAAAGCAGCCUUCAUCGACGCCCCUUCGUGGUUGCCGGGAGAUUCUUCAAACACCCGAGUCUACAGAACUGGUGAUUAUGUUUACUACAACGCAGAUGGCACUCUGAGCUUCUUCGCUCGGAAAGAUUCCCAGGUCAAGAUUCGCGGUCAGAGAGUCGAACUUUCUGAGAUUGAAGAAGUUAUCCGACAACAUGUUCCCAGCUGGUUGACUGUUGCUGUGGACGUUUUCAAGCCUGGGGAACAAGAUCGACAGAUUCUCGCAGCCGUGUUUGGAGUGGGCGAGAAGUUUGAGCAAGCUGCCAGCGACUCUGGUUCCAAUACGGGUCUAAUCAAUUUCAUGAAGGAGUUGUCCAAGGCUCUCAAAGGUCGAUUGUCUGAGACCCUGCCAGGCCACAUGAUCCCUGAUGCUUACAUCCCGCUCCCAAUGAUACCUGUGCAGACCUCUGGGAAGCUCGAUCGACGAGUGAUGCAGGUCAUGGUAACAUCAAUGACCUUCAAAUCCAUCGCCACAUACACCAGCGCGGAUGACUCAUACCAAAAGCCGCGGACCGAAAGCGAACGGCUACUAGCCGGUCUAUGGUGCACUGCCUUGAAGAUCUCGGACGUAUCGUCUGUGAGCGCAUCAGACAACUUCUUCAGCCUGGGUGGCGAUUCUAUCCUCGCCAUGCGCCUUGUCGCACUGUUGCGAACGGAAGGUUACUCUCUUGCCGUUGCAGAGAUCUUCUCAAACCCGACACUUUCUGGAAUGGCCUCCAAGAUGCAACAGACAGAGACCAGUGGCCAGCCAGGAGGUAGUAAGCUUUUGCAGACAGCCAUCUCAUCACGAAGGGUAAAUGAUGCUCUGAGAAUCAAGAUCGCCGGCAAGCACGACGUCGAGCUCAGUAGAAUCGAGGACAUCUAUCCUUGCACCUAUAUGCAGGAGUUCUUCAUGGAGGAUUCUAUCAAGGUUCCUGGCGCUCACGUUGUGCAGUUCAUUUUCGCACUCGAUGGCACAAUCAACCUGCCGAGGCUGCAUUCUGCGAUUGAUCGCUGCGCACUUGAGUUUCCUAUUCUUCGGACGAGACUUUUUGAAGAAUCGAAACAACUCUACCAGGCUGUGCUCUCCGACAAGAUCCACUGGCGAGAAGUCUCGGAGACGAGCCUGGCCGACGCCCUCAAGACCGACAAAACGAUUUCCACCGGUCUUGGAGAUGCCCUGACCAGGGUGAGCAUCAUUCGAGGCGUCGAAAAGGUCGCAACUCAUCUCAUCUGGACUCUGCAUCACUCCCUUUACGACGCAUGGACACUGCGACUUCUCUUGGAUGCCGUCAAUGAGGCUUACCAGAGUGACGCCCUCCAGGUCAAGCCCCGACUUGCCUUCCAACAGCUAAUUGAACACAUUGGAAGUAGAGAUCUGGCUGCCGAUCGUUCGUUCUGGGCAUCAUACCUUUCAGGGGCUGGCAACUCCCCGCUGUUCGGCUACCUGUUUGUGCGCGAUCCUAUGAAGGACAUGAGAGCAGACUACCAGGUUUCGCUGCCACAAAAAGUGGAAGGAGCUACUUUGACAGCGACGAUAGCAUCAGCUUGGGUCCGGGCGACCAGCCGUCUGACUCAAUCUAACGAUGUCACCAUUGGAUACCUCGUCACUGGCCGCGCGGCGUCCAUCCCCGGAAUUCAGCAAUGUGUGGGGCCGGCGAUUUCCAAGGUCCCGCUCCGCGUGCGGCUCGAAGGUGGAGACACAACCGCCGAUGUUUCGGAGAAGGUCCAGAACGAACUCACCCGACUCAUGCCGUAUGAACUUUCUGGAUUGAAGACGGUCCAGAGCGCCAGCCAAGAUGCAAGGGAUGCUUGUCGUUUUCCUGUAGAUUUGACUGUCCACCCACACGGCACACUUUCUUUCGCAGGCGAGGGCAUUGGGAUGCGCUUCGUAGGAGGUGAGGUCGUUACGGCCCCUCCUGGUGGCUUCUCUGUCGAAUGCACCAUUACAGAAAAUUACAUCGAAGUCACUGCUUUUUGGGACAGCCGGGCGGCCCGAAAAGAGAGUAUCGAUUCGUUGCUGGAGGAUUUCAAGACAGUCCUGCUCGCUUAA